AUGAAUCUUAGUAUUUUUAUGAUGAAAAAGCAACUGUUCUUAGUUUUAUCUUUUACUUACCUUGCUUCUUCUGCUUCGUUGGGCAAUAUAACAUUAGAUGACACCUUCCCGCCGGCUCAGCCUAUGAGUUUAACUAACAUUGGACAGGGAAUUAUAGGCUCCAUUCCAGAAUUAGUUAGCGAUGUUUUCGGAAAUGUUAUAGACAUUAAUAAUAUGCCCGAUGUUGAGUGGGUACCUGUGCCUAAAUUAAUACAAGAAGAAGGCUAUCCGGUAGAAAACCAUUACAUAACAACAGAAGAUGGGUAUAUUUUAAACAUGCAUAGAAUACCACAUAGUAAAAAUAGUCUUCAGAAUAACGGUGAAGUUGUUUAUUUGCAACACGGUCUAUUAGCAGCUUCAUCCGAUUGGGUUCUUUUGGGACCUGAAAGGGGUUUGGGCUAUUUACUUGCCGAUGCUGGUUACGAUGUGUGGCUAGGCAACGUAAGAGGCAACAGGUAUUCGAAAAACCACACUACAUACUCCGUAGCGUCAGAAGAAUUCUGGAAUUUCAGUUGGCACGAGAUAGGAAUGAUUGAUAUCCCAACUAUGAUCGAUUAUGUUUUAAAAAUGACUGGCAAAUCGCAACUUUAUCACGUAGGACAUUCUCAAGGUACAACCACAUUUUACGUAAUGGCGUCUCAAAGACCAGACUACAAUAAAAAAGUGAAAUUGCACAUCAGCUUGGCACCCAUUGCUUAUAUGAACCACUUAUUUAGUCCCUUAUUGAGAGUUCUAGCCAUUGGCACAAUGCCUUUAAGUAGCACGUUGAAAUUGAUUGGUCAAUACGAAUUUUUACCAAGCUCCGGUUUUUUCAGUAAGCUUAUGGAUAAUAUUUGCGACCAAGGUCUUGAAAAAGUCCUUUGUAAAAAUUCUUUUUUCGCAAUGGCAGGCUUUAGUCCCAAUCAAAUGAACGCUUCCACCAUACCGGUAAUAACGACACACUAUCCAGCAGGAGCGGCGACCAAGCAGAUAGUUCACUACGGACAGGAGAUAAACAGCGGCAGGUUCUGCCAAUUCGACCACCACUUCUCUAAUUUUAGAGUCUACGGCCAGUUGUUGCCACCUCAAUAUGAUUUGUCGAAAAUUUCGUGUCCCACUUAUCUCAUAUACGGUUCCAACGAUUGGCUUGCAGCAGAUGUAGAUGUUCAAAAAUUGUUCAAACAGUUACCCAACGGGCAAGAGCUUUACGAGGUACCGAUUGGCACUUGGAACCAUGUGGAUUUCCUUUUUGGCAAUGAUGCACCUGAGGUGGUGUAUCAGAAGGUUUUGCAAAUUAUUGCUAAUAAUUAG